AGGAGGAGGAGGAGGAGGCGGCAGCGAGGGGCAGCCGCCGGCCGCCCCGCCGCCCCCCACGCCGCAUAAGAGGAUGAAGAAGCGCAAGGAGCUGAACGCCCUCAUCGGCCUGGCCACCGACGGCCGCAGGAAGAAGCCCACCAAGAAAGGCUCGGGGCACCGGUUGCUGCGCACCGAGCCGCCCGCCUCCGACUCCGAGUCCAGCUCCGAGGAGGACGAGUUCGCGGCGGCGGAGGGACGGGGCCGCUGCGCCAAGGGGGACUACCUACGCUGCUGCAAGUUCUGCUACCCACUCUGUGCUUUUGUCAUUCUGGCCGCCUGCGUGGUGGCGUGUGUGGGCCUGGUCUGGAUGCAGGUGGCUCUCAAGGAGGACCUGGAUGCGAUCAAGGAAAAGUUCAGAACCAUGGAGUCUAAUCAAAAGACAUCCUUCCAAGAAAUUCCUAAACUGAAUGAAGAUUUGGUGCAGCAGCAAAAGCAACUAGAGCAAAUUGAGACUGGAGAACUGGGGCUGAGUAAAAUCUGGAUAAAUAUCACAGAGAUCAAUAAACAGAUAUCGCUAUUGACCUCAACAGUAAAUCAUCUCAAAACCAACGUGAAGUCUGCUUCUGAUUUGAUUUCUCUUCCUGUCACAGUAGAGAAACUCCAGAAGACGGUAGCGACCAUAGGUAGCACUCUUACCAGUGUUUCUCAUGAUGUCGAAAACAUACAGACAGCUAUUGAAGAGUACAAGAAAUCCAUAGAGAUACUCCAGAAUGAUGUGAAGGAAUUGAAACACUCCACUGCACUGCCAAGGACUGAGAAAAAUCAGACAGAAAAUUGCAAACAGGAAAGUCAGACACUGCAUGCAGCUUUGGAGGAGCUAAACAAUACUAUAGUGACAAACCAGAAGUUGUGUGACAUCAAGCUUCUAAACAUGGAUUCCACCAUUGGUAACCUCAGCCAGCGGGUUAUGCUGUUGGAAAACACUCCUGUUGCUGUGAAUAAGCUGGACAAAAGAAACAACUUGUCUACCAGUCUGGUGGGGAAUGAUACAACUACCUCUCUAAAAGUGGAAAAUGAAGAUCAACUAAAUAAUGAAACACAUUCAAAUAAAGAACUGAAGGAAACAGGAACCAGAGAUUCUCAGGAAUUAAAUCUAAGGGAGAAGCUUCAGCUACUCAAUGCUCGUGCAAGUAAGCCAGAUGAUGACCGACCCAUUGAGGCAUCAAAGAAUGUUGACAGUAGUCCGAGUACUAUGACAAAGCCCACAGACCUUUCAAGGCUGGCUUCAAGGUCAGCUGAUGACAGCACGGAGAAGAACAGACAGCUGAGACAUCUGUCCUUACCAGGAAUUUCCAGCAUAGAAGAUCUUCAGGAUUUGUAUGAAAAAGCACCUGAAGGUGCUGAUGGAAAACUGUCAUUUGAAGAUCUUCAAAAGCUGCUGGGCCCUGCAGCCCAAGAGUCGCAGAUCUUUAAGAAAUUUGACACAGACGGUGAUGAGAAAUACUCAUUAGAAGAACUGAGAUUGGCUUUGGGUGUAUAGGAUAGAGGUUUAGAAAUGUGAUGUUGAUAAAUGCUACUGUAGCUAAAGGAAACUACGGGACAUGAAAAAACUGCACUUUCCCAGUGUUUUACUGACCUUUGGAGUGAAAUUACUGUACACACUGACAUCUCUUUUUUGGUUGCAUUUAUUGAAAAGAAAUUUACAGAAUUAGAUGUCAAUAUGACAUAGUAUUGGGACUGUGGUAAAAUCCAGAAAAUUCCCAAACUUGUUUAGAGCACUUGCUGGUCAUUCUUUCCGAGGGAGUUCUUGUUUUUAAUUUAAAAUGUGUACAUACAAAAAUAAAACUAUGGUUUUAUAUUUCACUGAAA